ACAUUCACGUUUGUUAAACGAAACAGUAUACAUUACAAUUAGUUAUAUUUAGAGUCACUGCGUUGUGCGGUUGUUUUUCUGAUUUCAUUUUUUUUGAAAACUAAACAAAAAUGGUUGAAGUUGGAAAUUUAAUUCGAUUUAUAUUGUGUUACACAUUGUGUUUGGUAUAUUCGACAUGGAUCGGUAUUGGACUACUCAUUGCUUAUAUUUUCAAACGUGAUCCGAACAUAUGGACUGUCAAAGAGAGACCGACUCCACCUCGUGCAUUGACAAGUAAUGAAUUUGGCGAACACAAAUUCAUGAGAGUUAAUGGUUACAGAAUUCAUUACGUUGAAAAAGGAGACAAAACCAAACCUUUGAUUUUAUUCAUUCACGGAUUCCCCGAGUUCUGGUACAGUUGGCGAUUUCAAUUGAAUGAGUUUAGUAAAGAUUAUCAUGUCAUUGCAAUUGAUCAACGUGGUUAUGCUGAAUCAGACAAACCAAAUACGAUUUCUGCUUAUCAUUUUGAUAAAAUGGUUGGAGAUAUCAGACAGUUUGUUCAACAACUUGGUCGUGAAAAGUUCACUUUGAUUGGUCAUGAUUGGGGUGCAGUUAUUGGUUUCCGAUAUGUCAUGAGGCACAUGGAUACGAUUGACAAAUAUGUGAUGAUUGGUGCACCACCAAGUGAAGUUUGGCAUAAAUUGCUUUUUUCAAGUGUCAAACAAUUCUUAAUGUCUUGGUACGUCUUCUACUUUCAAAUGCCAUUCCUUCCGGAGUUCACAACUUCACUUCAAGAUUUUCAAAUGUUUAAAGUAAUGAAGCAUCAAACAGAAGAAGAAUUGGAAGCUUACAAAUACACAUUUGGAAAGGAAGGAGCUUUGACGGGGCCAAUAAAUUACUACAGAGCUUCAGCUAAAUUUCUAUUUCCCGAUCAACCUUUAAAGAGACCAGAAAAGUUCGCUCCAGGUCUUUACAUGUUAGGUGAAGGUGAUAAAUACAUUUCACCCGACAGUGGAAAAAUGGCGAAAGAAUUGUACGACAAUCUUGAUUUCAAAUUCAUUAAAGGCGCAAAUCAUUUCGCUCAACAACAUAAACCUGACGAAACGAAUCGCCUCAUCAGAGAAUUUCUCGAAAAACCAACUCCACCUCAAUCGUUAACAAACAAUGAGUUUGGCGAACACAAGUUCAUGACUGUUAAUGGAAUUAAAAUUCAUUAUGUGGAAAAUGGAGACAAAAACAAACCUUUGAUGAUGUUCAUUCACGGAUUCCCCGAGUUCUGGUACAGUUGGCGAUUCCAAUUGAAUGAAUUUAAUAAAGAUUAUCAUGUCAUUGCAAUUGAUCAACGUGGUUAUGGAGACUCUGACAAGCCAUCUAAAAUAUCAGAUUAUCACAUCGAUGAAAUGGUUGAAGACAUUCAUCAAAUUAUUAAACAACUUGGGCACGAAAAGUUUAUUUUAGUUGGACAUGAUUGGGGUGCAGCUAUUGGAUUUCGUUACGUCAUAAAGCACAUGGAAACGAUUGAGAAAUAUGUGAUGAUUGGUGCACCACCCAAAGAAGUCUUUGAUCAAUUAGUCACUUCAAGUCUAAAGCAAUUUUUCAUGUCUUGGUACAUGUUCUUCUUCCAAAUGCCAGUUCUACCCGAAUUUUUCACAAGAUUUUAUGAUAUGAAAUCGUUUCGAAUGAUGAAGCAUCAAACGGAAGAAGAAACUGAAGCAUAUAAAUACACAUUUGGGAAAGAAGGUGCUUUGACAGGUCCAAUAAAUUACUACAGAGCUGGAACUAGUUCCCAACCUGAUCCACCAUUGAAGAGACCAGAAAGAUUCGCUCCAGGUCUUUACAUGUUGGGAGAGUUUGAUAGAUUCAUUUCACACGAUAGUGGAAUAUUAACGAAAGAAUUGUAUGAAAAUCUUGACUUUAAAAUAAUUAAAGGUGCAAAUCAUUUCGCUCAACAACAUAAACCUGACGAAACGAAUCGUCUUAUCAGAGAAUUUAUGGAACAAGAAAUAUAA